AUGGGUGACGAGUCCAAAGAGCUCCCGUCCCAAGUAUUUGAGUUGUUUCAUUUUAGAUAUCUUACUUUAAUCUGCUCUUCAAAUGUUCCCUCAGCCAUAUCUAAUCUUGUGAAUCUUCAAACCUUGAUCAUUCUUCCAACUUCAGGCAUGCUUCCAAACUGUAACAUGAUUGCAUCUUUUGGCAUGCUUCCUGUUUAUUAUACUAGGAAAAGACAUUGGAGAGAAGGUAGAGAUCAUUUCUCUUUGCCAUCAGAGAUUUGGAGGAUGCAACAACUAAGGCAUCUUGUCCUCUAUGAUCUUUAUAUGCUACCUCAUCCCUCAGAUGGAUCAAAUCCAAGCCUUCCUCUGGAAAAUCUCCAAACUCUUCCUUACAUAAAAGAUCUUGUAUGGACUGAAAAGAUAUUGCAAAUGAUCCCAAAUGUCAUAAGUUUGGGUCUUGUGUACCAGAUGGAGAAAAGAUAUCACCUCCAUCUUCUUAAGCAUUUGCAUCAACUUGAAAAGUUGAAAUUAUAUGGGCUUUAUAGUUUUUCUUGGAUGGAGCAUAUCACAGUUACCUUUCCUAGGAUACUAAAAAAGUUGACCUUAGUGGGUGGUGAAUUUCCAUGGGAGGAUAUGAGUAUUAUUGGUUCAUUGCCUAAUCUACAAGUGCUUAAACUAAGGGAUCAAUGUUUUGGUAAAACAUGGGAAACAGCAGAUGGAGAAUUUCCUGAACUGAGAUAUUUGUUAAUUGAGGGAUCAGGUCUUGAGUGCUGGAUAACUGAGAGCAGCCACUUCCCGAGACUCAAGUGUCUAGUGCUUAGUUGUUGUCAGGAUUUAAGGGAGAUUCCACAAGAUAUGGGUGAAAUUCCGUUGACAUAA